UCAGAAGGGGUACAAGGACGGUUUCAAAUCAGACUCCAGUGAGAGUCUUCUGAAGCUCCAGGUGGGAUCAGUUCUGGAGAAGUCAUCUGUGAUGCUCCCGAGAACAAGGAUGCUGAAGAAGAACCUGCUGAAGGAGAACCCACUGAAGGAGACCCCGGUAAAGGAAAAACGAAUAAAGGAGAACCUGCUGAAGGAGAACCCACUGAAAGAGAACCCGGUGAAGGAGAAACUGCUAAAGGAGAAACCACUGAAGGAGAACCCACUAAAGGAGAAACCGCCGAUGGAGGACGUGAAGAGGAGAGGAUGACUGACACAAACCCGGACAGCUUUGAGAGCCGAUACACCGUCGGAGAGCUGCUGGGAAAGGGAGGCUGCGGUUCAGUCUAUGAAGGCGUCCGUAAGGUGGACGGGAACCAGGUUGCCAUCAAAUACGUGGUGAAGGAUGAGCACCGCAGAUUUACCAGGAUUCCCGGCGAGACGGAGUUGCUCCCCGUCGAGGUGGCCCUGAUGCGCAUGGUGUCCAGGCUGUGUGCCAGCCCGUACGUGCUGAAGCUCCUGGAGUGGUUCGACACGCCCGAGCGCUACAUCCUGAUCCUGGAGCGGCCCAUCCCCUGUGUAGACCUCUACCAGCUGAUGCUCAAGACGGGCAGACUGAGGAUGCAGUUUGCCCGGCACGUAAUGCGGCAGGUUGUCCUGGCGGUGCUCCACUGCCGCGACCGCGGGGUCCUGCACAGGGACAUUAAGCUCCAGAAUGUCCUUCUGAACACAGAGACGCUGGAGGUGAAGCUGAUCGACUUUGGAUGCGGCGACCUGUUGAAGGACACUCCGUACUACACAUAUUCAGGCACGUGGGUAUACUCGCCACCCGAGUGGAUAACCAAGCAGAAGUACUAUGGCUGCCCUGCAACCGUCUGGAGUCUGGGCGUACUGCUGUUUGUCUUGGUUUGUGGACGCCUGCCAUUUCGGUCUAAGAAGGAGAUCACCAAGGGGCGUCUAGUGUUCAAACCUGGUGUGUCUGAUGCCUGCCGCCAUCUGAUUGAACAAUGCCUCAAGAAGAAGCCCAGCAAGCGUCUCACCCUCGGGCAGAUCCUCCUGCACGGGUGGUUUGAUGAGUAAGCCGAAGACUAGGUCCAGAUGAUGUAGAUCUUUAACCGUACAGGUUUCUGAAGGCUUCUGCUAACGGUCAACGAGCAUCUUGAUCCGGAAGACGAGGAGAUUCUUCUUACAGUUACCAGCAGCUUCUUUGUUUAUUAAAUAAAUAAAUUGUUCAAUAAAGACGUGAACUGUA